AGAAAUAGAGCAUAAAGAUGCAAGGAGCUUCUUAUAUUCAUCAACUCUCAGGGGAACCUAUCUUUUGCUCGAGAUGUAGCUGUGGGAAUUUGAUGGAUGAAGUGUUACAGUUUCAAGGAGAUGGAAGUGGAGCUAGUGUAGGAAAUGGUGUUGAUCAUGCUUCACUCAUAAUCACUGAUGAUUUGAAAGUGGAAGUUACCUCUGUUGAGUUAACACUUACUGCUCUUAAAGAUAUUGGCUAUGCAUAUUGCGAUAAGUUGGUUGAGAGGAUUCACGACUUCAAUUUCCAAGAGGUAGCUACUUUGCUGGAGUGUUUAUUCACAUCGGAUACGCCACUGACCGAUACAUUUCUGAAUAAGAAAAGCUCAUAUGGUAUGAAGAGGAUUCAUAAAAUGCUGAUUGCUGCCAUCCAUGAAGAUAGAGGGGAAUCAAAAGCAGAUCAAAUGAUUACACUAAAUGCAUAUGUUAGGAAGAAGGAAGGGAACAUUCUGUUUGUUGAAUGUGGCGAAGACUUUGUUGAUCUUCUCUUCACCUUUCUUGCUAUACCUCUCGAAUCUGUAUGGGGAGUAGCCAGCAAUGGAACCAUUCUUGGAUGCAUUGGUAACUUGUGCAGAAGCUUUAAGGAGUUGAGUGUUGUUGAUUCAGGAAGAGAAGCUAAAUGUGUACUUCCUCAUUACUACAAGUGUCAGAAGCAGCUGCUCGAUGUUGUCACUACACAUAAGCCACCAACUUACUACAGUUAUGUUUCCUUUUCUGUGGAUCAUUUUAGAGAGUAUAGUCUGUCUGAAAACUCUGAUAAGCCAGUUGUUUAUGAGUGGGAAAAACUCGUGCCCGUGAUUUCGAUGGAUCCAAAAUGUGAAGGUGAUAGUAACACUACUGAUGAGUCAACAACACCUAGUGGUGGAUUUAUGAAGAGAGGGACAAAAUUUAUGGUAACUGAUGAUUUGAUCAUCACACCUUCGAAUUCAACCUCAACCAUUGGAUUUCUAAAAGAAAAACAGGUCCUAUUAGACUCUGUAGAGGUUCAAGAUAUCAUCAUUAGAAAAGAAGAGGCCAUUAGGUUAUUAGAAGCUUCAUUAGUGACAUUCUCUGCCUUGACCACUAGUCUUCUAGCCAUGGAAUCAGCUUCCACAAGUGUACCUCAAAGCCGACUUUUCAAGAAGCCAAAGAUUGAGACUUGAGGAGCAUCUUCAUUUCAACCCGAAACCUGAGUUCUUGCUAAAUUUGAAUGCUAGAGAGUAUUUUGAUAACUCAGAUUUUUUAUUAGUUUCUUGGACAUCUACUUUGUUUAAUCUUUUCAUUUUAGCUACUUCUCCUUUGCUUUUUAUUCGUGAGACAUUGAACUUUAGGAUAUUGAACUAGUUUCUUGCAAAUAUAAGCAAGUUUAAAUAAAUUUUAUAAACCGAUUUGUUUCUCU